AUGGUAGACUCAGUAGUGCAAUUAAAGUGCGAGUGCAAGCACGACCCCUGGGGCAAGCAAGGCAAAGACUCCAUCGCUGGACAGCUAUGGUCCAAGACCCCGGGAACAGAGAGUCUGAAAGAUGACGAGACAUAUUCCGAGAUGUGGAUGGGCACGUACCCUACCGUGCCCUCUCGACUGCUUUCCACCGGCGAACUACUCUCCGACUAUCUGAAGAAGAACCCGCAGCUGGUGGGCAAAGCGACCUUAGAGAAGAGCGGUGCUGAGAUUCCUUUCUUACCCAAAAUCCUCUCCUUCGCCAAAUCUCUCCCCCUCCAAAUCCACCCCGACAAAUCCCUCGCCGAGAAACUGCACGCCCAAGACCCGCAUAAAUUCGGCGACAGCAACCACAAGCCCGAGAUCGCCAUCGCCUUGUCCCACUUCGAGCUCUUCGCCGGCUUCAAGCCCUUCGACCAGAUCGCCACCAUCAUGCAUCUACCCCCGUUGACUCGGUAUCUCCCCUCGCAAUCCAACCCUACAGCCCAAGCCGAAGGAGGAGGAACGGAAAUCAACGCCUCCACCCUGCGCCAAAUCUGCAAAACCUUCCUCUCGCUCCAACCCAACAUCGUUGCGCAGACCAUCUCGGAGCUCCAAGCUCUUCCGGACGCCCAGUUCGGCGCCCAGAACCGCAUGAUACCCAGCCUUCUCACCCGUCUCAAGGACCAAUACACCGAAUACGACAACGGCGCGCUCGUCGCCGCCCUGCUCAUGAACUACAUGGCCAUCGGACCCGGUGAGGCCGUCUGUGUUCCGGCCGACGGGAUCCACGCGUGGCUCUCCGGCGAUAUCGUCGAGUGUAUGGCGCGGUCCGAUAACGUGCUGAACACGGGAUUUUGUCCACGGCCGGACCGCGACAAUGUCGAGUUGUUUGCGCAGGCGUUGAGUUUCCAUCCGCGAGGCGCGGAGGAGGUAUCGUUACCCAGAAAGAGGAGUGAGAAGGGAGUAUUGGCGAGGACGGAUGUGUAUGCGCCGCCGUUUAGUGAGUUUAAUGUGUUGGCGACGGAGUUGGGGAAGUGGGAGAGUGAGAGGCAUGAGGCGAUUGGGGGGCCGAGUUUGGUGGUCGUUACGAAGGGAGAGGGGAAGAUGGAGGCUGGACAGGGACAUAGUUGGGAGGUCAAGGAGGGGGCGGUCUUUUUUGUUGGACAGGGCGUGGAGUUGAAGUUCGUUGCGGAGAGUAGUCUCUCACCUCAACUUGCCCUAAGCCGCGGCCGCCUGGAGCAAUCCGCCAUGGACGACGCUUUUCAUCACAACCACGUCCGCUCCGACGAUUAUGAAUCAACCGACUCAUCAUCCUCAUCCUCUAACACAUCCCGAGACAGGAUCAUCAUCGGCGUCGUGGUCGGUGGUGUAGCCGCCAUGGCCAUCACCGCCGGCAUCCUUUUCGUCCUGUUCAAAAAACGCAAAUGGGAUCGCAUCCGCCGGUACGAGGAGCGGGUUUUAGCCGCGCACACCACCGAAGGUACAAGCGGACACGGCUAUAAAGCGUACGGAUUCGCCCUCGGAGAUCUGGAACUAGGGGACACGAGAGCCUCGUCGUCGCUAUCGUGGACAUAUGGUGGUGCGCCGCAGUCUCCGGAGCAGGAAGAAUCGGGUCAGCAUCAGAGUCAAAGUCAGCAUCAAAGACAAGGGCAAGGACAUAGGGAACGAAGAGAAUCGCACGACUCCUCCCCUCCUCCCGCGUAUCAGCCUCUACCUGUGUACGAUCCCUCGCGAUACUCGGGCAUCGGGAUCAGUCGGUUGCCGGCGGCCGUGAAGCCGUCGUGGAUGAUGGGUAGUAGAGGAUCGAUGGCCAUGUCAGGGUCGGGGUCGGACCGCGAUCAGCAUCGCCAUUCGACGACGUAUAUCGGGGGAUUGGAUCAGUCGCUCGAUCAGAGAGCGAGGUCCUCCCUGAGUAGGUCAUCGCCGGAAGGGUCUCGGUCGUUCGAGUCGGAAGAAAGGGAGACUUUGACCGGUCAAGGGGGACGAGGACCACGACGGCCGAAGCCGGUUCUCUCCAGGUUGAUUACCAAUCUGUGA